ACGUUAUGACAAGAUCGUCACGUGGAAUGAUUACUCAAGUUUAGUUUCCCGCGGCCCUGCUGUUUUUGGAAAACGGUGAACAUAUGUCGGUCAACGGUUGACCACCAAGACUAUCCGGUGAACAUGGAGCUGCUAAUUAGGGCCACCGUCAUGCAGCAGCUGACGAUGAACAUCUUCCUCGAACUUCCUGCAACGUUCAAAUCCGCUCGCUGUCCACUUUGAUGACCGGACUCACGAGAACAGACCAAAGUUAGCAAUCUACACACACGAUCAUCAUCAAGGAACCAAUGUGAUUAGCAUCACCGCACGAAACCACGCGACUAUAACCCAUUGAUCACAGGUCGGUGUUACGCCAGUGCCGCAACCACUAGACAAUUUGGGAGUCACUUCGGCAAGAUGCGCUUCCUCAACGGCUUGGCUAAAGCACUUAUUGACGCCUCUUUUGAUAAAGCUAUAUAGCUUUUCGAUUCUCUUCAUUCCCGCUUUCAUGUCAUCUGCAGCGAUGCAGUCACCUCAUGCAGAUCAUCUCGCACCUCUCCCUGUAUUUUCUCGGCGGAAGACACCUAGGUUACGGGGACCACGCCCAUGCAGCUGGCUUCAAACGGGGAUAACAACAAGAGAAGAAAUUGGAGAGAGCUGGUCAUGGGCAAAUCGCCAGGCCAACCUGUCCAGAGCAUCAACAAUGUGCUCUCGCACCUCUAGCGACUCUGCUUCAUCCAAUCAGUCCAGCAUCACUUCCUCGUCUUCGUCUUCGUCAUAUAUUGAUGAUACACAGAGUUCGCCAUGCGACACGUCGUCGCGCAGACAUAAACGUCACUCCCAACGGCAGAGACCAUCGGGUCCACGCCCUCCCUCCUGUCCGCAUUCUCCUAGUUCUUCUGUGCGACAUGCACUUUCUAUCACUACAUCACCAUCACCAUCACCCCCCAUUCCGCUCGAGGAUUCUGUCCUUUCCCUGCCCCUGGCAGAUUUCCCACAUAUAGCACCGACUGAACCUACGACUCCCGUACCUCUAUUACCUCCAGCGAUUGCGUUUUCACCUUCAGAUAUACUUGAUUGGGACGCAAUAUUUGAGGUAUUGGCUUUGGAAAGCAUCCCAUAAUUUGAGCUUGGAGCUACCUGUUCAUUACCAGCAUUGCAAGGACUAGCAAAAGGACUGAUUGCUUCGUUGGACAGCAGUCUAGACCACAGAUUUCUCGUACCCACUUGUAGCAUACUCACACUUUCAUUGACACACGGACAUUCCAUUCUACGAUAUCAUCCAUUAGUUUUUCUCGCAAUUUAAUAGGUGGUUCGUGGUGCUUAUUCAGUCAUAUGAUCUCUUCUCUACGUUCCUUUGACGAGAACGUGGGUGUUAACUAACAUCUGUAUCGACACGUAAAUCAAAAAGGAACGAUCACGGUCGUCUCGUUAUUGGUGUGCCUACCGGGAGACAAAGAACU